UCAGGUCGAACAUGUUCAGUCGUACUCGUAGUACGUCGACUGUUUCAUUGCAAGACGUUUGUUUCUGUUGACAUAGUGCUUUUAUCAUUAUAUAUCGAUGUGUUUAAAUCUCGCUUCUAAAACUAUCUCUGUUAUCCGGAGUGUAUAUACGAGUUAAAUCAAGUUAGAAAGGGGAAAAGUAUCGCCUUAGCCGAAUUUGUGCCGAUUGGGGAGAUGGUGUUAGGUGCUUUGGGCUUGACUAGAGAGUGGGUGAGUGAAGAAUGAAUAAGAAAGUCAAUAUAUACGACACUACUUCAUUAGUGUUUUUAAUACUGUUAUGGAUAUUGGUUGACUCAGUUGCUACGAGACAUUUAAGUUCCCGUGUGGUGACCACUAAGUAUGGUGCCCUGCGCGGUUCCAUUGCAACCCUUCCUAACCGGCAAUUAAAGCCCGUCGAAAUAUUUUUGGGUGUUCCCUAUGCCACUCCACCAAUGGGUUCUUUACGUUUCAUGCCACCGGUGACACCCGCUCAUUGGAAAGGAGUGAGAAAUGCGGAUCAGUUCGGUCCCGUCUGUCCCCAACGUCUUCCGGAUAUUACCAAUGAGACAGAGGCUCUUCGCAGGAUGCCUUCGGGUCGUCUUCUAUAUCUUCGCCGUCUCCUACCCUAUCUCGUCAAUCAGAGUGAAGAUUGUCUUUACCUCAAUAUCUAUGCUCCGUUACAAGCUAAUAAACUCCCCGUAAUGGUUUACAUACACGGUGAAUCGUACGAAUGGAAUUCUGGCAAUCCAUAUGAUGGUAGUGUACUGGCAAGCUAUGGGCUGGUAGUGGUUGUCACCAUAAACUACAGACUUGGAGUGUUAGGAUUUCUUCCUUCGUUGGAUAAUUCUGCGCGGGGUAAUUAUGGUUUGAUGGAUCAAGUGGCCGCUCUUCAUUGGAUACAAGAGAAUAUUGGAGGUUUCGGUGGGGAUCCUCGAAAUGUUACGGUUUUUGGACAUGAUUAUGGAGCAGCCUGCACUAACUUUUUAAUGAUUUCUCCUAUGGCCAGAGGUAACAUGUAUACAGAUUUUAUAUGAAGUAAUAAUCAGUACGUGAGU